GGGAUGAAUUGUGCAUAAUAUGUACUGUAUGUCGCGGAGCAUGCAACACUGACAAGCUUUUUACAUUAUUGACUUCAAUAGACUCCAAACCGCUACGCCGUUCUACGCGAUAUCUUCAAUAAUCAUUAUCAGCCACAACGCCGGAAUGCGGAAACAGGAGAAGCGUUAUACGAUCUUCCUGUUCUUCGUCAAGACUUAUCAAUGUCCUUGUUGGCUCGAUUAGCAGAGCUGUUUGCAGUAAAGGCUAAAACCAAUGCCAUGAACCACCUAUGCGCCAACAUUCCUGUUUUUCUCAAGCGUUUAUGGGUCGCAUAUCUGAGUCAUCUGCGCCAUGAACAUAACCUUACCUUUCGAAUCAGCAUCUCUAACAUGGCAAAAGAAAUCUGUAAUUUGAUCACAACGCACAGAACUCAUUUGACUCAGCGUUUAAUUGAACGAAUUCCAGCAGCAAUCUUUACUGAGGUGCUUCAAUAUUUCAACCAACACACUGCACGAUUCGAACAAGCAUAUGCCGGCGUGAAUAUCGCACGCAUAGUACAGCGACCGUCCAUAUCUGGCCCUGCAAUGCUAGUGAAUUCGCUAUCCUUUUAUAUCUGGCUGUCACUUGAAGCCCAGCCUUUCCAAUUCUGUCCCAAGUGGACUCCACUACCACUUGCCAGUCACCGCAUUGGAUUCAUGCCGGUCGACCUUGAAACUAUGUAUUACAUCGUACGCGAAGUGGACGAGCGAGAUCCUGCACAAGUGCCGGAUAAUAUUGUGGUAAUGAUAUGCGUUUUUACUCUCUUUGUGUUUCCAGUUAUUAAAAGAUGUUAUUUGUUUAUUUACUGGCUUGUUUCCAUCGAUGCAUAAAUCUAGAGACCAAAUAACGUUCCUGGUCGUGGACGUUGCUUGUCAUAUCGUGUUUUCAGACAGCAAGAUCCUGAGCUGCUUGAAGGCUUCUGGGAGUCGCUAUUUAAUAUCGGUCACGUAGAGCCGCGACGUUGCCG